GGGGGGGAAGGAGGGGGGAGGGAGUGAUUUGCAUCUCGAGUUCAAGGCUGCUCCUCCGUCGCCGCAGCCAUGGGAGUCUGUCGAGCCUCCGUCGAGCAAUAAUGGGCAUCUGGGUACGGAUUACUAUUCGACGCUGGGUACGAGUAAUUUUGCGAGUAUGCAGAAGAAGGCACGUGCGCGACCGCUGAUACCAAAGUCAUCAUACUACUUUGGUCCACCAGCUAUAGAUUCCGCCUACGGCACCCCUCCAAUAGGCCAAAUAGGCGUUCAUCACCCGAGAGAGAUAGUGCGGAUAGAGCGAGACUACAGCGGGGGCGAGCUCAUUCAGUUCGCCCCUACGUACCCUCUCGAGCUUGAAGGAAGGAUAACGCCAACGCAGUUUCUCGAGACGAUCAACACCAUCAACGAGAUCCUCAUCUCUGCACAUAGUAUCCGACACUCGAUCGUAUAUAACACGUUGGCGGUGUUGACGCUGCAGAUAUGGAGGGUGGUGAUGGAUUCGCACUAUGAUAAGGAAAUGAAGCGAUUACAGCGCGCGAUCGAUGACCUCAACGCGAGUAUUUAUAAUCCGGUUGGGUUGAACAUCCUUUGGCCGAGGAGAGUAGCGUUUCUAUUUCUGGAAAUCGAGUACUAUUGAUGUUCAUCAUUCGUGAGUCAUUGGUGACUGCAUGCUCAGUGAAGAGGAGGAGGAGGGUUGGCAGAUAAUUCGUCAUUCGUGCUUAUAUCAUCUCUUGGUCUCUUGGGAAAACGCUCAUUUUUAUUUUCGCAAAUACUAUCUUAUUGGUUUAUACCGUCACUACCGCAUCUAGUUUCUAGUUUUUAUUUUCCUCCGCAGAUUUCCUUUUUUUGUAAUUAUGCUCUUUUCCUAGCCCUUUUCCCCUCCAUUUCCCUUUCCGUUCUCGCCUCGUGUCGUUUCCUUUUUUUGGCAUGGCUUGGUACUUGGUCCGUCGUGAUGGGCUCCAAGUCAAGUGGAGUGAUCUUUGAGUUACUUAGACUGAGUUUUGCGCCUGUCUUUGUUAGGCGUUAGGUUCGUGCCAAGUAUCGAGUUCUGGAAGGGCUAGAAGGGUGUUUAUCGGCUCCGAGUCUUUUACGAGCUUGGUUAGGAUAGUGCUGAUAAUGAUAGUGUUCU